CUGCCGCCGCCAUCUGUCAUCUGAGCUCCGGCACCAGCACCCUGCCGUCCCAGCCCUCCCGCCUGUCUCCUCGGCGGAGCUGCUUCCCGGUCCUUCCACCUCUCUACUCUGUUCUCGUCGCUAACUUCUUCCCCUACAUGGAUCUGGUCAGAGUGGCAUCCCCUGAGCCCGGGCCAGCCGCGGCCUGGGGACCCAGCAAGUGUCCAUGGGCUACCCCUCAAAAUACAAUGUCUUGUUCUUUGUCUGAUGUAAUGAGUGAGCAGUUGGCUAAAGAAUUGCAGUUAGAAGAAGAAGCUGCCGCUUUUCCUGAAGUUGCUGUUGCUGAAGGACCAUUUAUUACUGGAGAAAACAUUGACACUUCCAGUGACCUAAUGCUGGCUCAGAUGCUACAGAUGGAGUUUGACAGAGAAUAUGAUGCCCAGCUUAGGCGUGAAGAAAAAAAAUUCAAUGGAGAUAGCAAAGUUUCCAUUUCCUUUGAAAAUUAUCGAAAAGUGCAUCCUUACGAAGACAGUGAUAGCUCUGAAGAUGAGGUUGACUGGCAGGACACUCGUGAUGACCCCUACAGACCAGCAAAACCAGUUCCUACCCCCAAAAAGGGUUUUAUUGGAAAAGGAAAAGACAUCACAACCAAACACGAUGAAGUAGUAUGUGGGAGAAAGAACACAGCCAGAAUGGAAAAUUUUGCACCUGGGUUUCAGGUAGGAGAUGGAAUUGGAAUGGACUUAAAACUAUCAAACCAUGUUUUCAAUGCUUUAAAACAACAUGCCUACUCAGAAGAACGUCGAAGUGCCCGCCUCCAUGAGAAAAAGGAGCAUUCUACUGUAGAAAAAGCAGUUGAUCCUAAGACACGUUUACUUAUGUAUAAAAUGGUCAACUCUGGAAUGUUGGAGACGAUCACUGGCUGUAUUAGUACAGGAAAGGAAUCUGUUGUCUUUCAUGCAUAUGGAGGAAGCAUGGAGGAUGGAAAGGAAGAUAGUAAAGUUAUACCUACAGAAUGUGCCAUCAAGGUAUUUAAAACAACCCUUAAUGAGUUUAAGAAUCGUGACAAAUAUAUUAAAGAUGAUUUCAGGUUUAAAGAUCGCUUCAGUAAACUAAAUCCGCGUAAGAUCAUCCGCAUGUGGGCAGAAAAAGAAAUGCACAAUCUCACAAGGAUGCAGAGAGCUGGAAUUCCUUGUCCAACAGUUGUACUACUCAAGAAACACAUUUUAGUUAUGUCUUUUAUUGGCCAUGAUCAAGUUCCAGCCCCUAAAUUGAAAGAAGUAAAGCUCAGCAGUGAAGAAAUGAAAGAUGCCUACUAUCAAACUCUUCAUUUGAUGCAGCACUUAUAUAACGAAUGUACUCUAGUACACGCCGACCUCAGUGAGUACAACAUGCUCUGGCAUGCUGGGAAGGUCUGGUUGAUUGAUGUCAGUCAGUCUGUAGAACCAACCCACCCUCAUGGCCUGGAGUUCUUGUUUCGUGACUGUAGGAAUGUCUCACAGUUUUUUCAGAAAGGAGGAGUAAAGGAAGCCCUUGGUGAACGAGAACUCUUCAAUGCUGUUUCAGGCUUAAACAUCUCGGCAGACAAUGAAGCUGAUUUCUUAGCUGAGAUAGAAGCUUUGGAGAAAAUGAAUGAAGAUCAUGUUCAGAAGAAUGGAAGGAAAGCUGCUUCAUUUUUGAAAGACGACGGAGGUCCACCAGUCUUAUAUGAUGAAUAGCACUAAUGCCCACUGCUUUCAGUGUUGACACACUGGUGAUUUUCAGCUGCCAAUGGCAAAUGAAGUUAUGGGUGACUUGAAAUAUCAAAACAUGAGGCGUGUACAAUGGUGCUUCUGUGCUUUUUUUCCCUUGUAACCCAUAUACCAGAUGUGUGGAAUUUUUAGCUCAGCAUUGAGAGAAUAAGAUGUCACUACCUCUCAUGAUAUGAAUAGGGUAAUAUAAUUCUUAACAGCUACAGGUUAUCUAGCCGAAAUCAACCUGAUUUUACAGGAUUUGUGGCAUAAAAUGUUUUGAUGAGAAUUUUUAACAUUUCCAAAUAUGGAAGGAAGGGACAGUUGUGUUUACAAAGGAGACAUUUAUCACAACACACUUGGUUUUUCUCACCUCCCUCUUUUGUGUUGCAUCUUUCCUCAGAUAUUUUAUCGGCCUAAAAUUAGCCCUUCUUAAUUCCUUUUCCAGAUUGUGACCAUGAUUCUAAAGGGAAAUUUCUUCUCUUUAGUAGGUGACGUAAAUGGAAAUUUGGUUUCAGAAUGGCUGACAGAAGUAAAGUGCUUUUUAUUGGUACAUCAUGAAUUCUUUUCCCACACUCAUAUGCAACAAAAAGGCAUCAUCAAUUUCUGAAAGAGAUAAAUAAGUACUUCUCAACUAUCCACAGUUUUUAAAUUUAACUUCCAGCUUUUCUACAUUUAGGUGAAAUGAUUAGGAUGUAACUCAUGGUGCAGCUGCUCUGCAUUUAUAAUGAAAAUGUAAAUUAUCUGGAAGGACAGAAUAAAAUCUUCAACCAUGUUUAACAUUUUUAAUGAAGUCAUUAAAACAAAGUUCAGUUUACACAUCACUCAAGCUGUAUACUUACUGAUUUUGAAAGAAAUAUAGCAGGCUACCUAGAAAGAUUAUAUAAUCAAAGGAUGAAAAGUACAUACAGAACAAGUUGGGUACCAAAUCACCAACUAAUUUAGACUGCCUGAUCUCGCUUUUAAUAAUUUUUAGUACUGUUGGGGUGCCACUUCUUAAUGCAGACGAAAUACACUGACUCUAUUAAAAGACUGAAGCUCAUUCAGAACAACACGAUCGUUCGUAGAAAGUAAAAUCCGAAUAUUAGUUACACAACAUUAUUUUAAAAUGCCAAAUACGUUCUCUCUAGAAAAAUAUUUAUUUUGUUUCUGUUGUAUAAAUUUUAAUUGUGUUUCAGAGAAGUGUGAUUUGGGGCUACUCAUUGCAUUUCAUGAAAUGUUUACCACUAUGAAACAAAUAUUUAAAUGACUGGGAAUUAUUGACUUUACAGAAAUUUUAAAGAACUAAUUUUAAAAACCAUUAACCAUUAAAUCUUGUUUUAUUUUGUUUUCUGACAUACUCUGUUUGACAGUAGCAGCAAACAGCUGCUGUAUGGCAUUCUUGGAGUGUGCUGUGAACAUGCUUUUUAAGGAAUUAAAAGUGAAGAGAU